UUUUAAUUCUCUCCCAGACUUCCGAGUUGGUUGCAUGGCCAAUCCUCCUUCUGCUCUGCGUUUUGACCUUGGGUAAGCUGCAUCUCACCUUCAGCCGAGCGCGGAAUCCAGCCCCGUUGGGGAUUUCCUUCCCAGUGUUUUCUCCUCUCCUCUCUUGGGGUAAAGAAACCCGUCUCCCCUCACGCCACCUCCGACUCUCCACGACUCUCAUUUUCCCUAUCUUGUCCAUCAAUUCCGAUCCCUCCCUCUCUUAGCUUGCAGAAGCAUAGAUCUCUCUCCACUCCUUCGGAUAGACAUCCUUAGUCUCCCCAUAAUCCCACCAUGACGAUUGACGCCAACCCGGCCGGAGAGCCCCCAGCCUUCAACCUUACCGAGGUUGAUCGUCAAGUCCUUGCGCAAACGGACGAAGAGUUCCAACUUCACGAUUGGGAGGAUCUCAAAUCCAUCAUAGCGCGCAAUGAUCUCGGCAUCUUAAAGCGGAAACCCUCCGACCUGCACCGCUACCUAGCCUGGUCAGCCGCGACCAAGAAACAAUACGGCACGAUCACGAACUACAUCUGCCAGGAGCGGCUGCGGUGGGCGCAGCCCGACACGGACAGCCAGAAAACGGCGGCGGCCGACAGCGGGCCGGUGUUCCCCUACAACAACCCCACGCCGUUCGCCGACCCGGCCGACUACAAGAUCCUGCGCAACGACUGGCCGUACGGCAUGAGUCCGGGCAUCGCGCACCUGGUCGUGUGGCUGCGCACGCCCGUCGCCGUUAACAAGACCGACGGCGACCUGACGCCCGAGUCGCGCGCGCUCAUCGAGGGCUUUGUGCUGCGGACGUUCGUCGGCCGUCUGGCCGCUGAGAAGGGGCUGUUUGCUGACUCGCCUCGUGAUCAUGUGCUCUGGUUCAAGAACUGGACUGCCUUGCAGAGUGUUCGGAGUCUUGAGCAUAUCCAUGUGCUCGUUAAAGAUGUGCCUGAGUCGAUUCUGUUGGAGUGGACCGGGGAGGGUCCGCCGCAGCAUUGAGUCAGUCCGUCAAGUUUGAUAGUAGUAGAUGGCGGGUAAGUGCGGGCUAGAUAUAUAUUAAGCGGGAUCUCCCUCCAUAAACAGACUUCUCAGUUUUUUUGAAUCUAUUUCUCGUCAUAGCGCACCCGGGACUGGGGAUCAAAAGAAAUCUCAUUUG